GCGGCGCUCGGCCCAAGAUGGCGGUGCAGGAGUCGGCGGCGCAGCUCUCCAUGACGCUGAAGGUGCAGGAGUACCCCACGCUCAAGGUACCUUAUGAAACAUUGAACAAGCGGUUCCGGGCUGCCCAGAAAAAUAUCGAUCGAGAAACCAGCCACGUGACCAUGGUGGUGGCAGAGCUGGAGAAGACCCUGGGCAGCUGCCCAGCUGUGGAUUCCGUGGUCAGCCUCCUGGACGGCGUGGUUGAAAAGCUCAGUGUCCUGAAACGGAAGGCAGUAGAGUCGAUCCAGGCCGAAGACGAGAGCGCGAAGCUGUGCAAACGCAGAAUCGAGCAUCUUAAGGAGCACAGCAGCGACCAGCCAGCGGCGGCGAACAUGUGGAAGAAGAAGCGCAUGGAUCGCAUGAUGGUGGAGCACCUCCUGCGCUGCGGCUACUACAACACCGCGGUGAAAUUAGCCAGGCAGAGCGGCAUUGAGGACUUGGUCAACAUUGAGAUGUUCCUAACUGCCAAAGAAGUAGAAGAGUCCUUGGAAAGACAAGAAACGAUGACCUGUUUAGCUUGGUGCCAUGACAACAAAUCUAGGCUCAGGAAAAUGAAGAGUUGUCUGGAAUUCAGUCUAAGGAUUCAGGAGUUCAUAGAACUUAUUCGACAGAACAAGAGACUGGAUGCUGUCAGACACGCACGGAAGCAUUUCAGCCAGGCCGAGGGGAGCCAGCUGGACGAAGUGCGGCAGGUGAUGGGGAUGCUGGCUUUUCCUUCCGAUACUCACAUCUCUCCUUACAAGGAUCUCCUGGACCCUGCUCGGUGGAGGAUGCUAAUCCAGCAGUUUAGAUACGAUAACUACAGAUUGCAUCAACUGGGAAAUAACUCUGUCUUUACCAUAACACUCCAGGCUGGGCUUUCUGCUAUAAAAACACCGCAGUGUUAUAAAGAGGAUGGCAGUUCCAAAAACCCCGACUGCCCGGUGUGUAGCAAAUCCCUCAAUAAGCUGGCCCAGCCUUUGCCCAUGGCGCAUUGUGCCAACUCACGGCUAGUCUGCAAGAUUUCAGGAGACGUGAUGAAUGAGAAUAAUCCCCCCAUGAUGCUUCCCAACGGAUACGUCUACGGAUACAAUUCCUUGCUUUCUGUUCGUCAGGAUGACCGAGUCAUUUGCCCGAGAACCAAAGAAGUCUUCAACUUCUCUCAAGCCGAGAAGGUCUACAUUAUGUAAACCCCCUCCUCACGCGCAAUGAAGUGCCACUGGAUUUUGACACAAUUUAUUCUAGCCGUGCCCUGUGGGAACAAUCUCGAGCCCGGCAAAGAGAGCUGCGACUCGGGAGGGCCGGGAAAGGGUUAGGGGUUGGGGGUGGGAAUUCGGAUUUCUUGGUGGCAUUUUUUGUUUUCCCCUUGCGACCAAAGAUCAGUGAGCAGAAACAUAACUACUCUGAGAAAGUGAGGAAGUGUGACUAAAAUUAAAAAGAAAAAAAAGAAAAAAAAAAGUUGCAUUCGGAGGGAACAAAUUUUGAAUGCUUCGAUUUUGUAAACCACGAUUGGAUUUUUUUUCUCAAACAUUCAUCCAGCAGAAGCAGCUUACUCAAAACAGAUCAUUUUGCAGAACAACAACA